GCGUCAGUGUUGUGGUUGGAAAUUUGACCGGUCGUCCUCUGAGCUGAGUUUCCUGUCGCCCUUCAGCGCAAAAACAGUGCUCCUCUCGGCUAAAACACACGCCAUCUCAGCGUUAAACCAUGGCGGGGACAAUUGCACGGAAAGCUAUUGACCACCUGAAGAGCAAAGAAUUCAGGGAUUAUUUGAUGAGGUUUCAUUUCUGGGGUCCUGUAGCAAACUGGGGUCUCCCUAUAGCUGCCAUCACAGAUAUGAAGAAGAGCCCAGAGAUUAUCAGUGGCAGGAUGACCUUCGCCCUUUGCUGCUAUUCAUUGCUCUUCAUGAGGUUUGCCUACAAGGUGCAGCCACGCAACUGGCUACUGUUUGCUUGCCAUUUGACCAAUGAGUCAGCACAGCUAGUCCAGGCUAGUCGUCUCAUCAAAUACAACAUGGAAAAGAAGAUGGGCUCUUAGUGACAGAGUGAAGCAGAUGGAAACGUUCACUGCAGAGUGGCACCAUGCUGCUACAACAGCCACCUAAACCUGGACAUGAAAACAUUUUAUCUAAUCAUUAAAAUCCUGGCACAUAGACCAUGAUUGAUCAUCCUCAUGAAGUUUUAGUCACUUUUUACUAAACAGACAGAAGAAAGCAGAUGCUUUCCUCCAAGAUUUAAGGUCAACUGUUGUGAUUUAUUUUAAGGUUUUUGCAACAUUCAACAUGACACACAAAAAUAUGCUGUAGGUGAAUGUACACUCAGCUCACCAGCCUGACAGAUGCUUUUCACACUGAAUCCACUGGCAUGUUAAACAUUUUCAGUCUAGGCUAAAACAAUCAUUAUUCACCAAUUACCUAAUUUCCUAACAGUUUUAUUUCUUCCUUAACUCCUUAGUAAUUCAGAUAGUCAUGAUAUUUCAUAGAGAACGUAGCCUGAGGUCAGUCUGUGCAAAUAUCUCCACACCAUGGCAGAUUAUCACUGGCCAAGAGUAAGGACUUUCAUUCAUUAACCUUUACUUAAACACAGAGAAAACACAGAGACGUAAGCCUUCUGUUUGAUGUUCUUUGGGGCAAAAUAUGCUGUACAUUGAAAACAGAGUGUCUAAUUUGACAUACAUUUGUUAUAGUAUAAUAAAUAAUGAUUGUUUAAGCAAAUGUUUAAAUAAUUGAAAAUAAAUAUAUGUGUCUUUUCAUGUGGUGAAGCUGCCCACACUGUAAAUCUGUGUAAUUAGACUGGGACUCUGACUGGUAGGUUUUAAUCCUGCAUGACUGAGCGAGACAAGUGGCUUCGGUGUCAUUCACAUUAAGUUAUUGCCGUUGUAUAAUUCACAUUAUUUUUCCCUGAUUGACGAUUCUGGGUUUGUCUAAAUAAACUGGCUCUAACCAACUUGAACACAA